CUUCUCAUCACUAGGUGGCACUUGUGCAUCAUAAACAGUCAUACACAAUUUUUGUGACAUGCGUGAUCUACAAAUAUAGAUAAUAUUUGGAAUCUCUCCAUGGACAGUUGAGAAUCAAUACCUGAGAAUAGGAAAAUGAAACAAGGAGAGAACACUAAGUACCACUUGCUUUGAUGUAUUUGUAAAUACGUAGUUGAAGAAUAUAUUCCAAAUUACCUCGUAAUCUAUUUCAUAGUUAAUAGUAAUAUAAAUAGAUAGGCUGGUCUCCAUACAUAAUUCUUCUUAGCCUGAUGUCAUCAUGAAAUGAAAUUUGUUUUAGGACCUGUUUGCUAAUUCACCUUGGUUUAUUGUGGCAGAAAUGAGCACUGCAGCUGAUACCAUAAUUCAUAGUCAGCUCCUAGCACUUACUGUUCUCUUAUAGUAUUUAAGGAAAGGCCUGGCUUUAACCGAUGAUCAUGAUAAGAUAUUCACUGAGGAAAAUGUGAUCAUCUCCUUUUUACUGUUGAGAAAACUGAAGCUCAAAGAUGUUAACUUAAGAGCUAAUAGGUAGACAGAGCCUACAUUCCAACUGACAUCUAUCAGAUUUUCAGGUUCCAGAGCCUUGGUGUGCCCUUUCUGGUAUCCCUAAUGCUGCCAGGUUUAACCAAUACCCAUUCAUGAUAAAGUAUCUGGUUGACAGUUGCAAAUGACUGAUGUUCUUUCCUUUUCUCAUGGGUGGUGUGAAGGUGAGCAGAAGCCUAACAUCAGGAGGACCCUGAACACCCAUAUCUAAGAAGAGUGAAAGGGAAAAUCACCAAAGGAAAGACCAGCUACUAGAGAUUUUGGCCUACGUGGCUGUUUUGCCUCCAGGCAGCCCAGUUUCCUUUAAGCCAAGGAAAGACAAGCUGAAUAUAGAAGUAUGUUUUAGGUCAUUACAUACUCUAGGCUUAUGUAAAUACUCUCUGCUGUGUGGUCUUGGGCUUGUUGCAACUGUGUGACUCAUUUUCCUCACCUUGAAAAUGGGGGAGGGGGCUUCCGGCACACUCUUCUCAGGCGGUAGAGAGCGCACGUCGCGGGGGAAUCUUAGCGAGCUCCCCUUCUUUUGGGACUUGUGUUGCCCUGUGUGACUGGAAAUGGGAUGGAGCAAGAAGCCAAGCCUAAGGGGCAGCCAUAAGCCCUCUGAUGGAGGUUCCGAUGCUUUUGGCGCCUGAAGCCUGUUUCUCCGGACCUAGUGCGUUCUAGUAUCCCAGUGACCUGGGCGGCACGAGUGAAACGGCUGCCGAGUCCCAGCGCAUCGGGCUUCCGCGCGCCCCAUGAACGGGUACGGGAUUGUCAAGAGACCCAAGCUCCAGGCGCGCAAAACCCCGCAUGGCAAAUGUGCCAUACCAACAUAUUUGUAUCUACUGAUAGUGCUGUAAGCACCUCACUGAUUCCUGCUUCGGAACAAAAGACCCUGGUUAGACCAAAGUUGUUGCUUUUGAUGUUGUUACAGUCUGUUGGUGCACAAAAAGACACAAGCAGUAGCAGUGAAUCAACAGAGCCUCCAUCAAAUCCAGAUCUUGAUGCUGAUAUAAGUGAUUGGCUAGAUCAGGAAUCAGUUUCAGAUCAAUUCAGUGUAGAAUUUCAAGUUGAAUCUCUCGAUUCAGAGGAUUGUAGCCUUAGUGAGGAAGGACAAGAACUCUCAGGUGAAGAUGAUGAGGUGUAUCAAGUUACUGUAUAUCAGGCAGGGGAGAGUGAUACAGAUUCAUUUGAAGAAGAUCCUCAUAUAAGCUUAUACGAUUGGAAAUGUACUUCAUGCAAUGAAAUGAAUCUUCCCCUUCCACUGCAUUUCAGCAGAUGUUAGGCCUGCCAUUCAUGAGAAUUGGCUUCCUGAGGAUAAAGGAAAGGAUGAAGGGAAAAUAUCUGAGCAAGCCUAACUAGAAAACUUAACACAUGUAGAAAAGGGCUUUUAUGUUCCUGAUUGCAAAAAAAUGACAAUGUCUCUAAAGAGUCUUGUGUUGAGGAAAAUGAUAAAAUCACUCAAGCCUCCCAAUCCCAAGAAAGUGGGAUUCUCAGCCAUCAGCUUCUGGUAGCAACAUUUAUAGCAGUCAAGAAGAUGUCAGAGAGUUUGAGAAGAAAGAACUACAAGAUGAAGAAGAAAGUGUAGAAUCCAGUUUUCCCCUAAUGCCAUUGAACCUGUGUGAUUUGCCAAGG